GGGAUGGUAUAUAAAGCAUUGUUGAUUAAGUACAGGUCCACCAAGACUCAAAUAUGAAGACAAUGGUUGCUGCAUUGGCUCUUUGCCUCCUCUACCUGCCUGUCUACCAGGCAUCCAGCAUUGACAUUGACAACAAAAUUGAAGAGAUGGAGGCCAGACUGACAAAGACUGAAAAAGAGUUGAUGGAUCACACACAGAUGAACGAGAGCCAGAAGAAUGAUGACAUCUUAAGAGACCUGGAGGCCAAACUGAAAGACACUGAGAAACAAGUAGAGGAUCUGAGGGCAGACGUCCAAGCCUUUCAUGGUCAGGAUGUGGCAUUUGGAGCAUCUUCAGGCCUAGCUACACAUUUUGGACCUUUCCCCGCUGCAAUCACACUGACCUACAAGAACGUCUUCACAAACAUCGGCGGCGCAUACCAGCCUGGAACAGGUAUUUUCACUGCUCCAGUCAAAGGAGUCUAUUACUUCAGCUUCUCUGCUAAUCAUGUAUCAUCUAAACCAAGUGGGCUGCGCCUGAUGAAGAAUGGAGAGAAGAUGGUUAGUGUGUACAACUCAGCAGCUGGAAACCUCCAUCAGACAGCAGCCAACGGCAUGACUCUGCAGCUUGAAGUGGGAGACCAGGUGUACAUGAGACUCCAGACGAACACCUGGAUUUUUGAUAAUGUUAAUACCUACAGCACCUUCAAUGGUUUUCUGUUAUUCUCUCUGUAGUGGUCUGCUUUAUAACCUGAAGGUAGCAAGGCUGGAAUGAUCUUCAAAAAUUCUCGAUAACAUAUUUGGAUCUUUAGCAGCCACUCUGUUAGUUUUCUCUCUUAGCUGAUUUGGUGGUGGGACAACUUUAAUCAAACACUAAAUAUAGGUUAAAAGAAAUCCCUAUUAUAAGUGUGCACAUUGAAACAUUAAAAACGUAGAAAAAUGUAUAUUCAUUGAGUAAAUGUUUGCUAUAUAAACUGUUUCUAUUAAUAAAGCUACACAUUUAAAGCAUUAAA